CGACGGUGCAGGAGCGGUUCGCGUUCCUCUUCAACAACGAGGUGCUCAGCGACGUGCACUUCCUGGUGGGGAAGGGCCGCGGCUCGCAGCGCAUCCCGGCGCACAGGUUUGUGCUGGCUGUGGGCAGUGCUGUCUUCGAUGCCAUGUUUAAUGGUGGCAUGGCCACAACCUCCACAGAGAUUGAGCUGCCUGACGUGGAGCCUGCUGCCUUCCUAGCCCUGCUCAAAUUUCUUUACUCAGACGAAGUUCAGAUUGGACCAGAGACUGUUAUGACAACACUUUACACAGCUAAAAAAUAUGCAGUUCCAGCCCUGGAAGCUCAUUGUGUGGAGUUCCUGAAAAAAAACCUCCGAGCAGACAACGCCUUCAUGCUGUUAACACAGGCCCGGCUGUUCGAUGAGCCCCAGCUGGCCAGCCUGUGCCUGGAGAACAUUGACAAGAACACCUCAGACGCCAUCAAUGCAGAGGGGUUCACAGACAUCGACCUGGACACCCUGGUGGCAGUGCUGGAGAGGGACACGCUGGGGAUCCGGGAGGUGCGGCUCUUCAAUGCCGUGGUUCGCUGGUCCGAGGCCGAGUGUCAGCGGCAGCAGCUCCAGGUGAUUCCAGAGAACAAGCGGAAGGUUCUGGGCAAAGCUCUCUCCCUUAUCCGCUUCCCACUGAUGACUAUUGAGGAGUUUGCAGCAGGGCCUGCCCAGUCGGGGAUCCUGACGGACCGGGAGGUCGUGAGCCUGUUCCUGCACUUCACCGUGAACCCGAAGCCGCGGGUGGAGUUCAUCGACCGGCCGCGGUGCUGCCUGCGGGGCAAGGAGUGCAGCAUCAGCCGCUUCCAGCAGGUCGAGAGCCGCUGGGGGUACAGUGGGACUAGUGACAGGAUCAGGUUCUCAGUAAACAAAAGGAUAUUUGUAGUUGGGUUUGGAUUAUACGGAUCCAUACACGGGCCAACGGAUUACCAAGUGAACAUACAGAUCAUCCACACGGACAGUAACACAGUCCUGGGGCAGAACGACACCGGCUUCAGCUGCGACGGAUCCUCCAACACCUUCCGUGUCAUGUUCAAGGAGCCCGUGGAGAUCCUGCCCAACGUCAACUACACGGCCUGUGCUACCCUAAAGGGUCCAGAUUCCCACUAUGGAACCAAAGGACUGCGCAAAGUGAUCCACGAAUCCCCAACAACGGGAGCCAAAACCUGCUUCACGUUCUGUUACGCGGCUGGGAACAACAACGGCACCUCUGUGGAGGAUGGACAAAUCCCAGAGAUCAUCUUCUACACAUAGUGCUGCUCCCAGCCCACCCCGGACUCGACUGUCCCCCGGCACCUCCCGAACUAAAUCUCUGGCUGAGUUUGACCACACCAACUGGAGCCACACUAGCCAAAGGUCUCAGUGAAAUCAUUUCAAAGCUCAUGUUCUGCCUUGUGCUAGUGCUGCUGCUGCUCUCAGGUGCCAGUUGAGCUGGUGUCCCGGUGCCAGCCAGGCUGGUGUCCCAGUGCCAGGCGAGCUGGUGUCCCAGUCCCAUUCGUAGGUUGUCUGUGGCUUGUUGUUUCUCACCUCCUGAUUAACCCUUAUCUAACAACGUGCGUUUUCUUUGGACUGUAAUGAAUGUAGAUGCUUUUCCACCAGUCAGAAGCAAGGAAAUGAGUGGCUCUGGUUGUGGUUUCACUUGGCAGGAGGUCACCCUGCAGACAGGCACGGGCAGGGCUGGGGGCCCGUCCUCUGCUCCAGCUCAGCAGGCGAGGCCAGACUGUGGGGCUUGGCCAGCCCGUGCCCAGCACCUCCCUCCCUCCCUCCCUGCAGCCUCAGCACACACGGCCACCUUCAAAACUGGAGGAAAGUGGCCUCUUCCCUGAGGCUUUGCUGUUCCAGCACUACGUAGUCCUGAGGGAGACCCCAAACCCGACUACAGCCGGAGGGACCGCGGCGUUUUCCUGCUCUUCUCCCUGAUCUGUGACAAUCAGUUGGUGACAGCAAGGUGACCUCCCUGUGGAGUGGGAAGGGACAGGCCCUCCUGCAUCCUGAGUCCCUGUGGUGCUGCUUCCAAACUCCUGCUUCAGGCACUGGGGGAUGCUCAGCUCACCCCCGAGCAGCCCCAGCACAGGGCACCUGUACUGGUCAUUACUGGUCAAUACUGGUCGUUGCUGUGCUGGUCCUUUUCAGAGCCACCAGGGUUUGUCAGUGGAAGCAGAAGGGCACCUGCCUCACCUGUCCCCUGUUCCUGGGCACUCCUGCUGGUUCCAUGUCUUUUCUCUGUUCCUGUGCAUUGCUGCCCUGCCCUGGUGGGAGCAGGAAGAGGCUGGACGUGCCCCUGCCUGGUACCUGGUAACACAGCAGAUGGACAAGGACGGACCAAACGGUUCAGGAAAACCUGGAAUGUUCUCCGUGUCAGUGUGUGUUUGCCCAGUGCCUGUGGGGCAGGCCCAGGAGGGAGAUGCAGCACUCACAACAUCCCCUGUGAGCUCAGUGACCUCAAAGAUGCCCCUCUGUACCCGUUCAGGGCUGGCUGCUCCCCAGAGUGGGGAAGGGGGGUGCUGCUCCUGGGGCUGCCUGAGCAGCCCCACAGUCACUGCCUGCUGGGGAAGACCACAGGACUCUUCCUGCCCUGCCCUGCAAAGGAAGCUGGAAUUAAGCUCAGCUUGGCUGCAGGACUGGAACCAGCAGAGUCUGCGUGGGACUGGCCAGGGUGGUGCUGCCUCAGAGCUGAGGUUCCCCUCAUGGCCCCCCUGCUCUGCUCCAUCACAUGAGCCCUGUCACCCUCCUGCCACAGGAUUUCACUGCUGGAACUUGAAACCUGGUUGUCCUUGGCUGGUGCUCGUUUGCUGGGGAAGGGGAUCCCCUCCUCUGGCUCAGUCCUGGGGCUGUGCUGGGUGCUGGGAACACCCUGCACCUCCUCCCCUGCAGCUGCCAGAGAUGCCCAGAGCGUGUUCCGAUCUCCAGGAACACAGUGUAAGCUGUGUCUUGUCAGCCUGACUCCAGUGGGAUGGUUCUGAUAUGGCCAGUACUGAAAAAUAAUAGAAAAAAAUUUAAAAAAAGAAAAAAAAAAAAA